AUGGUGAUCCCUCGCCCCCUCAAUAUCCUAGUGACAAGGAGCUUCUCUAUUACUGCGGGUCCAUUGGAAGACUGUGUCACGCCGCUUCCCGAGGACUUCCUACAUGGUCUGUCCCCUGUCCCAAGCACUUCCCACAACCACAACGCCCGCAAUGACGAGAGCCUCCUUGAUGCUCAGUCAUACCCGAGUCCUUCUCGAGUCACCGGCCCCAACAUCCCGCACGGGUACUGCAGUCAUGGUCCUCCAAGUCCCCCGUUAAGUGCAGUCGGCUCGGUAUCGCCUCCGCUCUUCUUCUUACCCGAUAACCCUCCCCCUUCACCGAUUGAGCCUCUGAGAAGACUCAGCGUGCAGGAACCAUCAAAAACCCCUCAGACGCAAUCCGAUGUACCCAUUGCGCACCAAAACCUCGCCGUAGUACAGUUUGAUGAGGAGAAACUUACAUGGGAAGGCACGGCACCCUUGCACGCUAUUGACCUUGGAAGCUGUGAAGGCCUGGACGACCUUGUGUCCGGACUCUUUCACUGCCUGCAGACCGGCCGUGCAAUCCAGAUCAUCGGCGUGCCAUUUCCAGAUCUCGGGAAGUGGAUGGAUCGCCUGAUGGAAGCUGGCUUUUGGUCAAUCAAGGCAGAGUUCCUGCCUUUGGGGGCAAAGGUCGGGGCAGUCGCAUAUGUGAAUGUCUUCGCCGACAAGCCAGCCACGCCGAGCCCGACAUUUUGGGGGAUUCAAAAACAUGACCAAAACGCCGAGUCGCUUGCCAGGAACCAUUUUAUCAGCCUUGCCAUCGAAGUUCUCAACAACAACCCUGACCGCUUGCCGGACCUCCGCUGGUUGAUAUCUAUUGAUCUAGGCCUUCGAGCCUGGUUUGAAGCUGAGCUUUUUCAAAGAAUACGAAAUAUAGGGGUAGACCACCACCCAACUGCCCGAAUGCACUUGAUGACAUCGCGUUUUGUCGGCUUCUCCUUGAAUGCGCCGGUGGUCAGGAAAAUGAUUUGA